GAAGUAGGCGGCGGUGUGCGCUGAACCCGCCAAACUAAAGGAAGCGGAAGAAGAACGCGACGCGUCAUCGCAGCUUCCGGCGUCGCUAUGGCGGCUCACGCGAGUGAACUGGAGAUAGCAAAGAAGAACUUAACCGAUGCUGUCGGAGACAAUGUCAAACAUUACUGGGCCAACCUCAAACUCUGGUUCAAGCAGAAGAUCAGCAAGGAGGAGUUCGACCUGGAGGCGCGGCGUCUGCUGGCUCAGGAGAACGUCCAUGUCCACAACGACUUCCUGCUGGCCAUCCUCACCCGCUGCCAGAUCAUCGUGUCCACGUCAGAGGGCACCAGCUCGCUGCAGUGGAACAGCGGAUCCAUAUCCAAACCUGGCAAACCCAACAGAGGCAAAAAGAAGUUUCCCUCCGUUCGGCAGAAAUUCGAUCAUCGCUUCCAGCCGCAGAACCCUCUGCAGGCGGCGCAGGCCUUCAGUCCUCGAGAAGCAGCGCUGGAGGACGACGAGCUGAGGCUGAGCGCUCACACACUGCUGCUGCCCACCAGAGGACAGAUGGAGGCGCGCAUGAUGGUCACCGCCUUCGAGAUGGGCCUGGACAACGUGAGCGAAGACGCCGUCAGCACCAUGUUCUGUGCACUGGAGGUGCAUUUGAAGGAUAUCCUCAGCGCUCUGGUGUCGCGGCGGAAGGCCUACCGUCUGCGGGACGGUCACUUCCAGUACGCGUUCGGCAGUGACGUGACGCCGCGGCCGUACCUGAAGAACAGUCUGCCGGCGUACCACAGCGUCACUGAAUGUCCUCCUCCGAGCGCAUCACUUCCUGCCGGGCCUCCUCCUCAGAUGUCUCCGGACGAUGCGGAGCAGCAGGCGGCGCUCCUGCUGGCGUGUUCAGCUGACAGUGUCCCGCCGCCGCUGACGCCCAUCAGUGUGUUCGACCUGCUGGAGGCGCUGCAGGUCCAGCGGAGGGUGAUGCCGUCUCACAGCAUGUACGCCCUGAACAUGGAGAGGAUUCUGGCCCGGCUCUGGCAUCCCAGCCACGAGGAGCUGGAGCAGGACCACAUCCACCGCCAGCACCUGGCCAGUAAAGAGGGGCUGCUGGUCAGCUGACUGAUGAUGAUGAAGAGCGUCCUCCUCCUCCUCGACGCCCGCACUAACACCAGCUCACGUCACUCAGGAGGGGUUUCAAUAUUUCUGGGCUUUGUGUAAAAAGGCAGUAAAUGUGAUUUUGUAAAUAAUUGUGUAUUGUUCUCAGUUCUAGUUUUUGUAUGCAAGUAUUAAAAAAAAUACUCCGCUGAA